GCACUUUUAGGAUUGUCUUGGUUCUUUGCCAAGGCGGUAGGGCAGAUUUUGAACCGCACAGUGUCAACAGUUUGGUUGUUUUCACGGCUGAGGACAGUCGCCGAAAAGUAACCACCCGUUAAAAUCUGCCCCUGAGAAGGAAAAGACAAGAAAACUAUUGGAGCGAUGCGUAAAAUCAAAUUCGUCCGUACGGUUUGAGCCCCAACUCCAGGGAGUCUGACGGAUAUGUGUCGGAGAUGGCCUGAACUUUUCUUUCUCUAGAGUUACCAGUAACGCUUGCUUGCCGCGUGCGGAUUUAGCAGGAGAGCUCGUGGCUUGCAGCUCAUAGAAACAAGUUGGGCUUGACCUCCAGUCUGGACUCCCUGCCUUUGUUUUUUCCUCUCAGGCCGGGGGUCGUGGGAGGAGAUGAGUGCUCAGGAUGGGACUGUGCCUCGGUACCGAAGUUACAGAGGAGGAGGAGAAGAAGGCGAGGAUCCACAGCACCAAGAUAGACCGAGACCUGUACGAGUACGCCAAGCGGGAGAUGAAUGUGGUUAAAAUACUCCUGCUAGGUGCAGCAGAGAGCGGCAAAAGCACUUUGGUCAAACAGAUGAAGAUCAUUCACAGUCAUGGAUUCACCAAGCAAGAGCUCACCAGCUUCAAGCCUGCAGUGCUGGAUAACCUCCUGACCUCCAUGAAGUUUGUCCUCCAUGGCAUGGGCGUCCUCCGGAUCAACCUGGCCAACACCAGGAACAAGGUCCACGCCCAUUCUGUCCUGUCGUGUGGGCGCUGUUUUGACGAAGAACAGGUGCUGUUUCCUUUCCUUAGCCACGCCCUGUCCUGUCUGUUGGCCGACCAGGGAGUGAGGGCGGCGGCGGCCCGCGGAUACGAGUACGAGCUCAAUGACUCGGCACUGUAUUUCUUUGAGAACCUGACCCGCAUCACUUCUCCAGAUUACGUGCCCACAGAGACAGACGUUCUGCGAGUACGACUGAGGACGACAGGCGUGAUAGAGACCCAGUUCAAAGUCAACCGUCUCAUUUUCAGGAUGUACGACGUUGGAGGCCAAAGAACUGAGCGGAGGAAGUGGAUCGGUUGUUUCGAGGACGUCAGGGCGGUGCUGUUCGUGGUGGCGCUCAGCGGUUACGACAUGACCCUGGUGGAAGACCCUUCCGUGAAUCGUCUUCAGGAGAGCAUGAAGCUCUUCUCCUCCAUCUGCAACAACUUUUUCUUCCGCAGCACAUCCAUGAUUUUAUUCAUGAACAAGAUGGACCUUUUUCAAGACAAGAUUUUACACUCUGGGCGACAUCUGCGUUUAUACCUGCCACAGUUUAAAGGUGCAGACUGCGACGUGGACUCGUCGGCCCGCUUCAUCGCCGCCACCUUCGCCUCGCUCGACGCUACUCCCAGCAAACUCAUCUACCACCACUUCACCACGGCCACAGACACCUCCAACAUCCAGGUUGUCUUCCAGGUGGUUAUGGACACGAUAAUCAAAGAGAAUCUGGAGGCUGUGUCGCUCCUGUAACUGCCAGCGGAGGUCCGACUUCACUGGACAGUCGAUGAUGUCUCAUUUUAAAUGACAUGAAGAUCAUCAGCUCCAAACACGUCGUUUUCUCUCUGCAGGUGCAGCCUGGGGGCUCUGACGCUCUUUGAAACUGUUGCAUUUCAUCCUCUGUGAUGCUUGAUUCUUGGGUUUGAGCCCUAAAACGAUGACUUUUUGAAACCUUGUGUUGAGAAAUGGGCAUUUAUAUUUUAAACUGUACUACAAAAUCAGACUAUGAAUAGUGAAGUUACAUUUUGAGGACUUGUUAUAUACGCACGCCAUUUAUUCCGUGUGUGUGUGUGUGUGUGUAUGUAUGUGGGAGGGCGGGACAGAGAGGGGGUGAGGAUUUACUGUUUGUUCUUUACUUCCUCUGUGCAGGGUUCACUCAUGCAUACCAUCGUGUGUUUUCCGCUCAUCCAUCACUGUGUCUGUUCACAUCCCGUGCGUCACACCCUCCUAAUGAGGCGGUGAUCACUUUAAAAGCACCCCCCAGUUUGUGUUUACUCGUCCUCUCACACUCGGCUCAUUGUAAUCUGUGCCUCCACUCGCUGCUUUUUUAAUAUAAGACAUUGGGUGUAUGUAAAGAAACCUCCCUGAAGCCUCCGACUUGUGUUUCAUGCCGAUGAUUAUUAUUCCUUUAUCUAACACACACACACACUCACAAACCCUGAUUUGUCGACCGGGAUGAUGCUUCGUAUAUAUAUGUGAUUGUGUGGCAUUAACUCUGCCGGGGUCUGACUGAUGUGAAGGCUCCCCUGACAGCUGACUGUGCUAUCACACCAUCUCCUCUGUGACUCCAGUAAUAAACAAGAUAUGUAAUGACUGAUGCUCUCUGAUAUAAACACUGAAGAUUAAAGAAAAAUGAAAAACACCCCAAGUGCCUUAUGAUGAAGGGGUUUUGCUGUUGUGUAAUUUAAAUGCUUAUUAUGUGUAUGUAAUUAACGAAUAUUUACUCUUCUCUGUAUCUCUUUAAGUCUUAAAGGCCGUUCUCUCA